GUCCAAACAUCUUCCGAACCUGUUUGUUUAAUAACAGAUCGCACAAUAGCAGAUCGUCCAAAUGUCCUUUAGAUCCUCACGCGAUUGGAGAGAUACGUCACAUACGUGACGUCCACGUCACGAUUGAAACGAGCAAAUUCGUAUCAAGCAGAAUACCGUGACGCGAAGAAUCGUGACACAUCGAUUUUCACCGGCACGAUUUUCAGUUACGUUUCAUCCUUCAACGAGAACGCUCGACAGAAACACCUUAUACCUGCUGAACGAAGCAGAAGCGACACUGGAGCCGCGUACCGCAUUCGUACAUCAUGUGUACCCGUAAUGAUGUAAUACAAAAGUUUUCCGCCGAUGUUGUCCCCGCGAUGGACAAGGUAAUAGUGUUGGAUGGCGCUUUGGACAAACAACUCAGUCGCAAUAUGCCGCAUAUCAGUGAAACGGACGAAGUUCUUGCUAUGCGUGCACUCAUGUACGAUCAGGACGCUGUGUAUAAAGCGCACCUGGAUUUUUUACGCGCCGGUGCUCAAAUAAUAAGGACUAACACAUACCGAACCACCAUAUCUUUAUUUCCAUCAGCAUUUGGUUUGCCUAUAUGUAUUUGUGAUCAAACGCGUGUAAUCACAGCUGUGGCUUUGGCUAAAAAGGCCGUGCGUAAAUAUUUCGAGGAGAUCGGCGGCGAUAGCAACAAUAUCGAGGACUAUAAUCAACGCCGUCCUUUAAUAGCUGGUUGCUGCGAUGGUUACAACUUUUUGCCUUUCUACGAUGUUGGAAAGAUCACGAAGGAGCUGCCAAUAUCCCAGCUAUUGUCGUUUCAUGAAGAGCGUAUAGACAUAUUAGUGAGAUCUGGCGUUGAUAUAUUGGCAUUCGAGUCUAUAUCUUGUUUGAUAGAGGUGAUUGCGAUAAGUCAAGCGCUCCGUAAAUAUCCGACCAUUCGUGUCUGGAUCACGUUCUUAUGCAAGAUGAAUGGGGAUCUAUUGGAUGAUAAUCUUUUGAUAACAGCAAUUAUGCUAUGCAAAGAAACAUUGCCCGGGCAACUUAUGGCGGUCGGAGUUGAAUGUCAAUAUAUUGCAUCUUCCCUAGAGCCGAUUAGAACACUAAUGAGAAACAUCAACAACUUCAAAGAUUGGGUAUUUCCGUUUCUAUUCUAUAUUGACAAGAAUCAUUUAUCGACCAUGACAGUACCGGUCGAUGCAGCUGGCCCGUCGCGGCCAGUGCAACCUGUGGCUCAAUGGUUGGACAUUGGAGUGCGUUACGUUGGCGGUGGUUUUGGCACUAACGCGGAGGACAUCAAAGAGAUUUGCAGAGAAGUGGACUAUUAUCGCAUCUCCAGAGGCGAAAUGUUCGCUACGCUCAUGACAUGUUCCGCUCAAAAUAAGAAUUUAUCGAAAAUGUGAUAGUAAUAAUAAUAAUAAAAGUGUAUGAGACGUGCAUAUGAUAUACUCGUCGUAUAAAUAUAUAGAACAGGCGCGUUGUUUAAAAAACUACGGAUUAGCAUGAUCAAGCACAACUGUGUCCUUAUAUUUAAUUGCAUAGAGAAUAUUGUACAAAUAUAUUUAGUAAUUGGUAUAAUAUAAUCCUCUACGAUGGGCAAUUUAUGAAUUUGCAGCAACAAUUAAGACGCAUACGCCUGAUCACGCAGAACUGUUACAGAAAACAACUGCUCGCUAAUCGCGCUUCAAUUGGUUAUUCGGUUUAUAAUGUGAUUUAAAUUUAUUUUAUUUCUAUAUUGUUUUACAAUUUCUUUUAUUUGCAACAAUUGGCUAAUUGUGCGUAAGUUUUCCAUGUAGUUUAUAAUGCGAAUAUUAUUCUCACGAUGUCU